GAGAGAAAAAGAAGAAAAAUAAAAUCAAGCGUCGCUGGCAGCCACAAAAAUAUUGGGUGGCCGUAGGUUAACUCCAUGCACACGGCAUAAGUAACGUUCAGUCAGCCUCUAGAAGUCGAUCGUGAUCGUGGCUUAAGCACUCAGCACUCAGUUGUGCCCCAGACUCAGUCUCCAGUCUCCACAGUCACCAGUCUCCACAGUCCUCAGUCUCCACAGUCCUCAGUGUCUAACCCUGUGCGUCUUUAAAGCCCGUUGAAAAAAAAAUAAAUAAAAUAAUAAUAUAUAUAUAUAUAUAUAUAUAAAAUAAAAAAUAAAUAGAGAGAAAUAUCGUCGUGAAUUUUUUGUACGUUUCGCGCGUUUUUGGAAAAGAUAUUCAAUUUUUUUUUUUUUAAUUCAAGUUUUUUUUAAUAUAUAUAUACACACAACGCACACACACAAAAUGAAGUACUUCAACAUCUGCCUGCUUUUCAUUAUCUGCGCACUGUGCUACGGACUGGUGGCGGCCCAAGAGGAGGGCGCGCCCGCUGGCAAUGCAUCGCCAGCGAAGAGAAUCGCUGCACUGCGUCGCCCCGUGGGCAAGGCGGCCAAGCCGACGACAACAACAACGGCGGCGCCCGCGCAUGACGAUGCUGCCGAGGAGGAUGAGUACAAUGAGGAUGCCGGCGCCGGUGAGCAUGGCCAGUAUGGCGAUGAGCAGGACGAGGCAGCGGCCAGCUCCACAACGACCACAACCGAGCCGCCCAAAAAGGUGGGACCCGUCAUUCGUCCCUUCCGCUCCAACGAUGAUUUCCUCAACUCGCUGAAGCGCCGCCAGCAGAACGCCAAGAAGCAUCGCAGCGAGAAGACGCCCGCCAGCAAGCCGGCCAAGAAGUCCGACGAUGAGGCCAACGCCGAAGAGGAGGAGUCCGCCGGCGGCAAUGCAGCGCCAGCGCCCGCACCAGCUGCCCCGGCCAAGAGCUACAAAAGCAAUGCAGCACUCAGCCGUCGCAAGCUGGCCAAGCCCCUGAAGGCCGCCCAGCCGGAGCCCGAGGUGGACGCCGCUGCCGAGGAAUCCGAGCAAAAGGAGGAGGAGCAGCCAAAGCCCAAGCGUCCACUCAACAGCCGCUUGCCCUUGAGGAAGCGCAACUAAAAUAUAUAUAUAUAUAUAUAUAUAUAUAUAUAAAUAUAUAUAUAAAUUAACCGUUAUCUGACACACACACACAAACACACACAGACACAUCUCCCACUCUCUGACUGUCUCCCUUCCUUUCGCUCUCUCUGUUUCCCUCUCGCUCACACUCACGGCUAGCUAUGGGCAGCUACAGAUCUGCCGCUUAGUUUUUAGUACACAAUUUGAUUUUUAGUGUGUGUGUGCGUGCGUGUGUGUGCGGGCGUGUGUGUGUGGGUGUUUUAACAAAAUUUAU